AUGACCAACAGCAGUGAGAAUUGUAAUUUUACAGACAUUGACAGCUUGGCAUGGAGCGUGCAGCUGGGGAUCUCCAUCCCCACCUUCAUCCUGGGGCUGGUUCUCAACAGCCUGGCCCUGUCUGUGUUCUGCCGCUUUUGGAGAAAGCAGACCAAGACCUCGGUGUACAUGAUCAGCCUGGCCCUGGCAGAUGUCCUGCUGCUCCUCUCACUGCCACCAAAGCUCUACUACUCUGUCAACACAGUGCCUGGGCUGUUGUGUUCCUUCAUACAGGCUCCUUACUUCGUCAACACCUACACCAGCAUCUUCAUCAUUGUCUGCAUCACUGUGGACAGGUACAUCUGCAUAAGGCACCCAUUUGAAGGUCGAGCUAACCAAUCCCCCAGGUGGGCUUUCAUGAUUUGCUGCUUCAUCUGGGCAGCAGCUUGCAUCUGCAGCAGCCCAAUAUAUGUGUUUCACAGGAAUGAAUCUAUUAGAUGCUUUCACAACUUGUCAGACCAGACGUGGAGUGCCCCCUUCAUUGUUUCUGUGGAGAUAUUUGGGUUUCUGAUCCCGCUUGCAGUGAUGGUUUUCUGCUCUGCUCAAACCAUCUGGACUCUUUGGAAUCACAAAACUCGUGAGGAAAACAACACGGAACAAAGUGGCUCACUGCGAGUAAUCAUCAUCAACCUUGUGAUGUUUCUGGUGUGCUUCACCCCCGUCCACCUUGGGAUUGGCCUGCAGUGCCUGGUGAGGCAGCAGGUGAUUGUGGGCUGCAGGAUGAAGCAGAACAUCAGCCUGUUCCUCCAGGUGUCCAUGACGUUCGCCAACAUCAAUUGCUGCCUUGAUGUCAUCUUCUACUAUUUUGCUGCAAAGGAAUUCUGUAAGAAGACACAGCUGAAGGGGGUCACUGAGCUGUGUCCUGUCUUUAACCCCUGUGCCAUGCAUUGGGACUGCCAGCAGUGGGAGAAUGCCCCUUGCCAGGACACUGACACUGUUACACCUGACACGGCAGGGACAAUCCCAUAG